AUGCCGACUCCGAAGCUGGAAGAGGCGCUCCAGCCGCGUCCCCCGCAGACGUCUCUCCAAUUGAUGGAGAGGAUAUGCCAGCUCGUCCUCGUCUUCGUCCUAUCCUUUGCCGCCAUGUUCCUAAUGAUGACCAAAAUCUCGCCUGGCAAGUGGCCUUUGACGGAGCCCUCGAUAAGCAAGCCAAGGCUCCAAGUGUCGUCUCAGCGUGACUACACCAUCGCCAUCUUCUCCGAUCUACACUUUGGCGAGCAGGAGUUCGGCUGGGGCAUAGAACAGGACCUCAACUCCACCCGAGUCAUGCGGUCGGUCUUGAAGUCUGAGCAGCCCGACCUGGUCGUUCUCAACGGCGACCUCAUCACAGGCGAGGACACGCACAAGGAGAACUCGACAGCCUACAUCGACCAAAUCGUGCAGCCACUCGUCCAGGGAAGCCAUCGGUGGGCCUCUGUCUACGGCAACCACGACUCCAAGAACAACCUGGACCGAGCGCAGCUCUUUCGCGCGGAGAAGGGCUACGACCUUUGUUACACGACGUCCAUGGGCGACGAUCUGCCGGGCAUCACAAACUACUACGUCCCCAUCUUCGAGGGAGACUCCCAAGACCCCAUGCUGCUGCUGUGGUUCUUCGACAGCCGCGGCGGCACUAGCUACCAGACAGAUUCCGAUAACAUGGACGACAUUCCAAACUGGGUCGCCCCCGAGACCGCCGCAUGGUUUACCGAGACCUACGAUGAGCUCAAGGAGAAGCACGGACGCGUCAUCCCGAGUGUUGCCUUUGUCCACAUUCCGCCGCACGUCUUCCUGGAAGCCCAGCAGUCCAAUCUGGACCCUGCCAAGUUCCCGGGAUUGAAUGCCGAAAGCCCGCUGGCCAUCCAGGGCCAGGGCACCGAGGACUCGCCCUUCAUCGAGGCGCUGCUCGAGGCCGAGGGCCUCCACAGCGUCUACGUCGGGCACGAUCACGGCGACUCCUGGUGUUCGACGUGGCCCGGCCACGCCGCCGGACUCGGCGCCGAGGCCCCGUUCCUCUGCUUCGCCAAGCACACGGGUUACGGCGGCUAUGGCACAUGGAAUCGCGGUGCACGUAUGAUCAAGCUUUCCUUCACAAAGGGCGGCGAACCUCAAAUGUCGGUCGAGUCAUGGGUCCGCAUGGAGGACGACCAGGUCGUCACACGCGUUUCCCUCAACGAAACGUACGGGGUGGACAGUUAUCCUUCCAACGUCGGCGAGUGA